AACAACCAAACGAGCGAGUGGGCGUGAGACGGAAGUCAUGGCAUUGGGUGCGACGGCGAUCGGAAUGUUGCUGGGUUUGGGUACGCAGAUGUACUCCAACGCCCUCCGUAAGCUCCCUUACAUGCGACAUCCGUGGGAGCAUGUCUUGGGAAUGGGGUUGGGUGCUGUUUUUGUUAAUCAGCUUGUGAAAUGGGAUGCUCAACUCCAACAAGACCUCGACAAGAUGCUCGAGAAGGCCAAAGCCGCAAACGAGCGCCGUUAUGUUGAUGAUGAUGAUUAAGAGCAUCUCUUCAAGGGCGGCAUUACUUCUGUCAUGAGAAUCUUGUGGUAAAUUGUCGUUAUAAUCAAAUGCUUUGGUGUUUUUAGUGUGGUUGUAUCGUACUUGUGAGGCUGUUAUAACUUGCUGAUGAACCAGUUUUGAGCACAAGGUCAGCGACUCAUAAUGUUCAAUGGCUAUCAUUGUAGCUUCAUUAAUAAUUUAUAGAUUCAGUCCACUUACUUUCUCAGAUUCUCAAUUGAGUUCUUUAA